GGAGAAAUGGAGUGCGUGUUCGGACUGGUAGGGAAGGGUUUCGCUUUGGUAGUGGCCGAUACUUCGGCCGUGAACAGCAUAUUGGUUCACAAAUCCAAUGAAGACAAGAUCAUGAUCCUCGAUUCUCACAAGCUCAUGGGAGCUAGUGGCGAAGCCGGCGACAGAGCUCAAUUUACGGAGUAUAUACAGAAGAACGUGGCGUUGUAUCAGUUCCGCAACGGCAUUCCAUUGACAACUGCUGCUGCUGCCAAUUUCACCCGAGGCGAACUCGCCACUGCCUUGCGAAAGAGCCCAUAUAUGGUGAAUAUUAUUUUGGCUGGCUACGACAAGGAGACAGGCCCUUCCCUAUACUACAUCGAUUAUAUUGCUUCCCUUCACAAGGUUGACAAGGCAGCAUUUGGUUAUGGGUCCUAUUUUUCACUUUCUAUGAUGGACAGACACUACCACAGCAACAUGACAUUGGAAGAAGCUGUUGAUCUGGUCGACAAGUGCAUAAUGGAGAUUCGGUCUAGGCUGGUUGUGGCCCCGCCAAAUUUCGUCAUCAAAAUUGUUGACCAGGAUGGAGCUAGGGAGUAUGCGUGGCGCGAAUCUAUUAAGGACGCUGCUCACAUUUCUACAGCUUGAUAUGUUUCGGGUUUGCAAGACUAGCCUCUCUUUCUUUUCUUUUUUUUUAAUGACUUUUCAAGUUGAUGGACCGACAUGGAAGCUUACAAUUGUGGACCUAUUUUCAAAAAUUUGAAGUGUUCUUGCUCAAUUUGGUGAUAUGUUAUUAUCAUUGUACUUUGGAAAAA